AUGUUUGAAAACACCACUUUGGACAAUUUCCUGACCCUUGAAGAACUGGGACUAGACUCCUCCUCUGGACAGUACCCUGCGUUCAUUCUUGGCAUUCUGAUGUACACACUAAUCCUGACUUUUAACUCUAUGGUCCUCCUUUCCAUUGUGGCCAGUAAGAAACUCUACAAACCCAUGUUCCUUCUCCUCUGUAACCUCCCCAUUAGUGACAUGAUUGGAGCCAGUGCGUUCUUCCCUCACCUGAUCUUCAGCAUAAUCACCAAAAACAGAAUCAUUCCCUACAACACGUGCAUGUUUCAAGCAUUUCUCAUCCACUUCUAUGGAACAGCUAACUUGCUAACCCUGAGUGCCAUGGCUUAUGAUAGAUACAUUGCAAUAUGUAGUCCUUUGAGGUAUAACUCAAUCAUGACCACGCAAACUUUGGUCAAGCUAAUUAUUAUGAUUUGGUUCAUCAAUGUGGCGAUUAUGGGCACUUUGUUUGCAUUGCAUGUUAGACUGACACUAUGCAAGACAAAAAUCAUAGACUUGUACUGUAAUAAUCCAUCUUUGCUCAAAUUGGCUUGUUUUUCUUCAGAUGUUAUGGUUAUAAACUAUUAUGGGAUGUUUCAUAUAGCGUUGCUCCAGGGUGGGUCACUGUUGGUUAUAAUGUACACGUACGUGCAGAUUUUGAGGUUGUGUGUAAUGUCGAAACAGGCUGAAGUGAGGAGGAAGGCGGCUCAAACAUGUAGCUCUCAUUUGGUGUCGUAUUUGUUUCUGCAACUGAAUACAAUAAUUACACUUACUGCCCAUCGGAUCCCAAAUGCCUCUUCGUUUCUGAGGAGGUCCAUGGGGGUGUCAGUCGUCAUUUUCCCACCCUUCCUCGACCCCAUCAUCUACGGACUCAGCUCCCAGGAAAUCAAGUCUGCUUUUUUUGUGUUAAUCAAGAGGAAUGUGAAAUAA